GGUCCCGGGAAGCAUUUCCGCUGCUUCCUGCACCGGGAAGGUGGCAGCGAUGCCCCUGGAGCCGCUGAUCUGUGCCAGGACGGCCACGCGGGUGAGCUCCGUGCUGAACCGGGACGGGAAGCGGUUCGGGAAGCAGCACAUGUUCGACGCCAGCGAGGAGACCUGCUGGAACUCCGACCAGGGCACGUCCCAGUGGGUGGCCCUGGAGUUCCCCGGCAGCGUCAAGGUCUCGCAGCUCCACCUCCAGUUCCAGGGGGGAUUCUCCAGCCGGCUGUGCACGCUGGAAGGCUGCAGAGCAGGUGAGGAGCUGGUGAAGAUCUCACAGCUGUACCCUGAGGACACCAAUGCCAUGCAGAGAUUCCAGGUGCAGGAGACAGUGCUGGACAAGCUGAAGAUCACCUUUGAGAGCAGCACUGACUUCUUUGGCAGGAUUGUGGUCUACCACCUGGGCCUGCUGGGGGAGAAGCUCUAAGGCAGCAGCAAGGGACAGUGCUGAGGAGGACACUGCCCCAUCCCCUGUGUACCCCCCUGGAGGGGGGCAACAGCCCAGCAAACCCUGCCAGCAGCACCAGAGGGCACCCCAAAGCACCAAGAGGGGACCCCCAGCCCAGGGGAUGGCAGUGACAGAGGGACACAAGAUCCAGGAGCGGCUUCCAAGCCUCUGGUGGGACACAGCCUGUGGCAGCAGCAAUAAAUGAUGCCCUGAUGCCCUCACUGAUGCCCUCCCUGCU